CCGGCCCCUUUGUGUCCCCGCCCGUCCGUCCCGGGGCUCCCCCCGCCCCCCUCGGGCCCGGCGCCGCCCCCUGCGUUUGUUUUGUCCUCAACUUUGUGGCCCGGGCUGUGGCGCGGCGCGGCCCCCCUGCCUGCGCUCCCCUCCGCCGGGCCCGGGGGGUCCUGCUGCUCCCGCCGGCCCGGCCCGGCCCGGCCCUCGCUCCUCCCGGGCAGGGAAGAAGCUCCCGCCCCGACUCGGGGCUCCUGGGGAUGCGGGAGGGGCGGCGCGGGCCCGCGGCACCGUCCUGGGCGCUGCGCCUCACGACUGCUCUUGUUGAACAGGUUUGAGCUCGAGGCUGUGCUGCGGCUGGCCGGACGUCGGAGCCUGGGAGCCCUGGGCCGGAGCGGGGAGGAGAGUCAAAGCACAGGCCCUUCUGCCAUUUCCUCUCGGCCGCUGUGAAAUGACUUUGCCUGGACCCUGAGUCCUUCUCCGCAUCCCGUUGCCACCUUUUAUUUUGCCAGCCAGUGCCAUGAAGUCAUCCUCUCCUUCAGGACCGUCGUUGUGAUGAUGUGACUUCAGCGGGAGGCUAAGCAGGAAGCGAAGCUGGGCCUGAAACGGGAGGCUGUUAGAAGGCAGGUAGAUUCACUGCCCCAGGGUGGGAGGAGAGGCGCAAGGUGAGUGGAGCUCCCUGCGCUUCAGGCCUUUCUGCUGCAGUGCUCCAGUCUGGGAGUAUUGCUUUCAUUCUCAAGUUCCUUGAAUUCCCUCCUGUGAAUCCCACCAAGGAGCAACUUUGACUGGGAACUGGCUUUACCUUGCUUGUACGUAGUCCUCAGUUAACCCAGAGCUGUUCCUUGGAGUGCCUCCAUCACCUUUCACAAAUGUGAGCGCAACAGGCCAGCACGGAAAAGGGCCUCCCAUCAUCUUCAAAACACUUUUGCUUUUGGCUUUAAUAUAUAUUCUGUUGUUGUUGUUGUUGUUGUUGAAACUUGAAAUGAUCUUGCAAAGGGUGCUUUCCAUCUUCUCCUCCUGAGAUUUGAGACUGGGCUGGAUUUCCCAUCCCCAAAUUCAGGGCCAGCUGCUGGGAAUUAUAUUCUCUUCAUCAAAUCCUUUCGACUGAGAAGCUGAAGCUGUCAGUGCUGAAAUCCCAUUUCUUUUUCCCAAGCAUGUCAGAAAGCUGGCAACAGCAACAGCAGCAGCAGCAACAACAACAACAACAAGCACAACAGCAACCCCAUCACACUGGGACAGCAGCACUCGCAGAGCAUUCAAUCCCUCCGACCACGGCUGAGAACGCCUUGGGUUGUGCAGUCUACGGCAUCCUGCUCCAACCAGACCCCAAUUUGCAGCACCACCAGCACCCACCGAUCCAGGCUGGAGAACCCUCCCACAAAUGUGGCGUGUGUGGCCAUGACCUCACUCACCUGUCCAAUCCACAUGAGCACCAGUGCCUGCCUGGGCACGACCGCUCUUUCCAGUGCACGCAGUGCUUGAAGAUCUUCCACCAGGCCACCGACCUCCUGGAGCACCAGUGCAUCCAGGUGGAACAGAAACCUUUUGUGUGUGGUGUGUGCAAAAUGGGCUUCUCCCUACUCACCUCCCUAGCACAGCACCAUAACGUGCACAAUGGCAAUGCCAUGAAGUGCUCCAUCUGUGAGAAGACCUACAAGCCUCCUGAGGCGGAGCAUGCCCAGCCUCUGGACCCAUCAGACAAGCCAUACAGCUGUUCCAUCUGCCAGAAGACCUUCAAGCACCUCUCAGAGCUGUCACGGCACGAGCGCAUCCACACGGGCGAGAAGCCCUACAAGUGCACCCUGUGUGACAAAAGCUUCAGCCAGUCCUCACACCUGGUGCACCACAAGCGGACACACAGCUCAGAGCGGCCCUACAAGUGCACAGUGUGUGAAAAGACCUUCAAGCAUCGCUCACACCUGGUCCGCCAUAUGUAUGCCCACUCAGGUGAGCACCUCUUCAAGUGCAAUGUCUGUGAGCUGCACUUCAAGGAGUCGUCGGAGCUGCUGCACCACCAGUGCACACCCAGUGGGGAGCGCCCCUUCCGCUGUGGUGAGUGCCAAAAGUCAUUCAAGCGCCCCUCAGACCUGCGGCAGCAUGAGCGCACCCACAGCGAGGAGAGGCCCUUUAAGUGCGACCUCUGCCAGAUGAGCUUCAAACAGCAGUAUGCCCUCAUGCGCCACCGCCGCACCCACAAGGUGGAGGAGCCCUUCAAGUGCAGCCUCUGCGAGAAGGGCUUUGUGCAGCCCUCCCACCUGGUCUACCACCAGCAUGUGCAUGGCAUUGAGAACCUCUUCAAGUGCAAUGUGUGUCAGAAGGGCUUCAACCAGUCUUCAGAGCUUCUGCGGCACAAAUGUGUGCAGAACGCUGAGCGCCCCUUCAAGUGUACCGUGUGCAACAAAUCCUACAAGAGGUCCUCGGCUUUGCAGAAGCACCAGCUGUCGCACUGCACAGAGAAGCCGCUCAAGUGCACACUGUGCGAGAGACGCUUCUUCUCUUCCUCAGAGUUUGUGCAGCACCGCUGUGACCCAGUGCGCGAGAAGCCCCUGAAGUGCCCAGACUGCGAGAAGCGAUUCAAAUAUGCUUCGGACCUGCAGCGCCAUCGCCGGGUGCACACAGGCGAGAAGCCAUACAAGUGCCCCUCAUGCGAGAAGGCCUUCAAGCAGCGCGAGCACCUCAACAAGCACCACAGUGUGCAUGCCCGGGAGCAGCAGUACAAGUGCAUGUGGUGUGGUGAGAGGUUCCUGGACUUGGGCCUGCUGCAGGAGCACAGUGUCCAGCACACUACUGAGGGGGCAUAUCAGGUGGCUGCGUGCUUGCCCUGAGCUGCCCCCACAGGUUUCUGCUUGCAUGUGAACCUCUUCAACAGCCCCUUCUCUUUUCUUGUACAAGGCGGAUUCCUGGACCUUGGGAGGGCAGUGGGAGAAGAUCUGCCAGUCCGGUUAGACAUCAUCCUGGCCUCUGUACAUUUCCACCUGCAUUUGGUGUUUUAGUGACGUGCAAAGCCCAAGAGGGGGCAUGGAGGAAAAGGGAGGCAAAGGAUGGAAAUGAAUCCUGUUCCUGUUUGUUCUCUCCUGGUUUAUAGUUUUCCUUGCAACUGCAGUUCAGUGUUGUGAGCUCAUAGGUCCUUUCUCAGCCACUGCCUGUAAACUGUUGUCCUUCUCCCAUGUCCCCCAGUACCGAGGUCUCCUGAGAGAACUGGGUAACUCACCUUUUUUUUGAGAGAGGCGCAGGUCUCUCAAGCCAGGCCCCAGCACUACUCUCCUUGGGGGCUCAGGGGCCUUCCAGCUUACUAGUUCCAUCUUAACAAGGUAGCUUAUAAAGAUCAUUUUAAAACCACACUGUCUAAUUAAAUGCCCCUGGGUACUCCCCCAUGUCCUAGUAGCAUGCAGGAAGGAGAAGCUGUGGGACUGUUGUGCUCCAAAGGCACUGCUGCCUUUGCAGUCUUAGCUGACUGAAAUCAUGCAGUAGCUUUGAGCAAAGGCUCUAUUCCUCUUAUUGCUCCCCCCCUCUCCCCCAUAACUCUGGAAUUGAGGUGGGGCAUGAAUGCUACACAUUACUUAAAGAAACCGCAACCCCUAAGGCUAACCCCUCAGGCCACCUGUAUUCCUGAUUGGAAUAGUCUGAGAACCCUCAAGCUUCCAAGCUGCUCAUCUGGGGACACCUUGGACUUUCCUAAGACUUACAGCUGUCUUGAGGGACGUUGCCAUGGUAGGGUCUUGCAACUGCUGCCAGCCCACAAAUCCUUUUAUAGCACUUAGCAACGCACUUGGAUUGGAUGUAAAAUAGUAGCCCUUGCACUUGCAUUGAUGCGUAAACCAGGGGGUUAUAAGUAGCAGUAAAACGCCAAGGGGUGGGGAAGAUGCUACUGCUAAAGUGCAGUCUCCUGGAUUCCUAUAGAAGAGAUGUUUAUUUGGAAAUGAGCUUAAGGGUAUCAAAUUGGGAGUUCUGAAAUUAUAACCCAAAUUCCACAUCCAGGGAAUUGCAUCGUGACCUUUAGGGUUAUGAUUUUUCUAGUUCUGUUUGUGGAGGCUAAUCCACAUUUACGUAAUUGUCUCUUUGGGAAGAGGCAGGUUGGCAGAAGAUAAGGGAAUGAAAACUUUUCCUAGUGAGAUUCCCUGUGAACUGAUCUUCCUCUUCCCUUGCCCCUUGCAAAUUUUCUAGAGAAGGAUAUAGUUCAUUUUAUUGCAACUAAGAUAAAUGCCUAGACCCCAAUACAAAUUCCCUAUCAUAUUAUUCUGCUUGAUGAAGCUGCCCAAAAGCUACCAGCUGCACAGUGUUGUUGGAUUCUCAUGACCAAGGUUCAUCAGCUGACAUCUGGACACUUUUUCCAGGCAAGGGGCAUGCCCACUGGAUUACCCAUAAUUGUUUCCUUCCUCCCACUUUGCUUGGCUUGGUUGACCAGUGUUUGUUUGAACUGGGAGUGUUGUAGUCUGUUGUAAUUAUUGAGAGCAGUGGCCAUUCAAUGGUCUACAUUGGAGAGGGGGUCCGUAUGAUAAGUGUUACAGUGGAACAAGAUGCCUCCGUUUCCUUGCAGAAGGCUGGGUUGUGCCUGUUUAGUCUCGAGAGAUUCAGAUGAUUCAAAUGGAGGAGGGAGGGCUUUCUUCUCUAUUGCAGUUUCACUUCCUGCAUUGCAAAGAGGACCAGAGCUUGUUUCCUUGAGGGGGCUGGAACCAUUUGAAUGAAUGGGGUGGAGUUCUCUUUUCCUCAUUCGCAGCUUUAAGAACGCCAGAAUAAACCGUGUUCUCUGAUGCCCAAGGAGGAGUGACUGAUGCUCAUCAUAUUUCAUGCUGCCUCAGAUAUAUAGAACCUCCUCCUAUCAAGUUUUCUGUCUGCAUUGUUAUUUUUUUCCAUUUUGCUUUUUUAAAGCAGUUUGUUAAUAUUCAUUAAAAAGAAAAAAGAAUCCUGUAUAGUUUAAUUUGAUGUCAUUUUGGAUCUUUAAAAAAAGAGAUGUGAUAACUUGGAUUUUAAAAGAGAUAUUCAGUUCUAGGUAGCUGUUUUUGAUGUUUAAUAUAUAGUGAGUUCAGUGUAUGUUUAAUUGUAGGAGUAAAAUAUGAAACAAGAUCAAGGCAAGUUCAUCUUGUUCAGGUCUGUCUUUGUGAAUGGCUUGGGGAUGGGGGGGUGGUGCUUGAGGCAUCGCAAAUGGAAGGUUAGAUUCAGGAGGAAUAUACUAAGAAACCAAAUUUUAAAGUCCAUUCAAAUAUAACAGACCUGGCCGUGGAGGCAAGUUUUAUUGUUCCAGAUGCAGAAACCUUCUGUGUUUUACACUAAUUUGCACAAAUGCCUUGGGAGGUCCUUUGGGAAUGACCCACACUUCUGAAUGGACUCAGAAGUGAAUGCAUUCAUUUAAAAUUAAAACAAAACAAAUCAAGAAUGUGUCCCAGUGUUCUCGCUGGAGUUAUUUUGACAGCAGCAGCUACUGACAGUUUAAAUAUACAAGUCAAUGUUUUGCAUUAGUGUUUGCCACUAGAGUUGCAGUAAUAGACCUCACUCACAGUUGCUCUGCCAGCUGUUGUUUGAACUGCUGCGGAGAGACCAAAAUGUGGAUUAAUGAGGCCGUACUGUAGCUAAAUGGCAGACAAUAGGUUUUAUUAUGGGUGGUAAAUACCAGUCCCUUGAGAUAAGAGAGGUGCGGAUAUGAAUAUAUAGUAGGGAGUGGCUGUGCAGUUCCUGCAAUCUCAGUACUUUUGCUGUGAGGUGCCAGAAGGGGGAGGGGGCAAUCACUAAGCAAUACUGUUGUUAUUAAGAAAUAAUUCUCCUUUUUGUCCCAGUUUGAUUUCUGACCUAUUGCUGCAGGGGUCCAGCAAACUCUUUAGCAUUCUGUCUUUUCAACUCAGUACCUCUUCCAAGCUUUAGGCCAGUUUUAGAAAUGGGGAACCACGCUACACUUAAUUUUGUUUCCUCCUGGCAAUAGUGCUCAUUCUGGUUGUGUUUGGCUGUGUGCUUCUGACUUAGAGCCAAACAGUGAGUCAUGUGCUGGACUUCUCUAGACUAGCAAUGCUGGCUGGGCAGUACAGUGUAUCAUGGGUAUCCUGACCACCUGUUCCAGCCCUUAACAGGUGCUCUUGGUGACAGGAGGGAGCAGUAGUUGUGUCUGUCCUGUGUAUAAGUUGGUCUCGUAUAUAGAGACAGGCAUGGGGAUGUGAGGCUUGGUACUCCACUGAGAACUGAGGGUGAGGGUUGGUAUUUCAUCAUUCAGGUGGAAGAUUUUGCUCUGUCCUAGCUGAGGGUGCUUUCAUUUGGAAAGUCACUGCUGGUAGCACUUGCCGGAGGCCUGCCCCUGAUGCUAGUGAUGUGAUAGCUCAUUCUAUCUGUGGCAGGUACAGGAUGUUACUUGCUAAGUGGAGGAAGGUUUGAGUAGGUGUGAGGGCCCAGCCAAGUGAAAUUUUCAAACAGCCUUGUUGAAAUCGGGGAAACUAGGAUGGAUUAGGGAAACCAGCAUGGGUUUGUAGCAGCUAGAUCAUGCCUGACCAAUCUGGUUUGUUUUUAUGACGGGGUCACAAAAUGCUUAGAUGCAGUAGAGGUGGAUGUCAUUUUCUUGGAUUUUAGCAAGGCCUUCGAUACGGUAUCUCAUCCCAUUCUCAUGAAUAAAUUAAGAGGCUGAGACACAGAUGGUUACACAGUCCCGUGGGUGGCAAAUUGGCUUAGCGGUUGCACCCAGAGAGUGGUAGUAGAUGGGUUGGUAUUGACCUGGAAGGAUGUGGGUAGUGGGGUCCCUCAGGGUUUGGUCCUUGGACCUGUACUCUUCAAUAUCUUCAUCAGUGACUUGGAUAUGGGCAUGAAGUGUACUUUGUGCAAGUUUGUGGAUAAUACUAAAUUGUGGGAUGAAGUGCACACUCCGGAGGGUAGGGAAUGAUUGCAGGCAGACCGGGACAGGUUAGAAAAGAGGGCAGUACACAAUAGGAUGCAGUACAACAAGGACAAGUGCAGAGUGCAAAAAUAUCCAGCAUACUUACUGGCUGGGAAGUGACCCCCUCAGAAGCACAGAAGCAGAAAGGGAUUCUGGAGUUAUAGUGGACUCCAAGGUGAACAUGAGUUGUCAGUGUGACAAAAUCAUCAGCAAAGCUAACUGCAUUUUAUCAUGCAUCAGCAGAUGCAUGACAAAUAGAACCAAGGAGGUUAUAUAUGGCAUUGGUCAGACUGCAGUCGAAGUGCUGCAUCCAGUUUUGGGUGCCGUACUUCAAGAAGGAUGUUGGUAGACUCAAGAGGGUCCAGAGGAGGGCCACUCAUAUAGUUAGGAGCUUACAGGACAAGCCCUACAAGGAGAGACUGAGGGACCAGGACCUCUUCAGCCUCCGCAAGAGAAGGCUGAGAGGUGAUGUGGCCACCUACAAAUUCAUUAGGGGAACACAGCAAGGGAUCAGAGAUGCUCUGUUCACCAGGGCACCUCUUGGGGUAACAAGGAACAAUGGUCACAAACUGACAGAAAGCAGAUUUCAGCUAAACAUCAGGAAAAACUUUGCAGUAAGGGUGGCCAAAAUUUGGAAUGGGCUUCCAAGGGCAGUGGUGCUCUCCCUUACCUUGGGGGUCUUUAAGAGAAGGCUCGAUAGGCAUCUGGCUGGGGCCAUCUGACCCCAGCACUCUUUCCUGUCUAGGCAGGGGGUCAGACCCAUUGAUCUGUUGAGGUCCCUUCUGACCCUAGCAUCUUUGAAUCUAUGAAAUUUUGAAACAGCCUUCUAUCUUCUCCAGAGACCUGUGCAAUUCAAUACAAUGCAUCUUGGCCUGCACUGAUGUGGUGUGUUGUGGGGAUGAGACCAUUCAAAGGGGGCCUGCUGCUUCUAUUAGCACAUUCCUGUGCUUGGGAUAGAAAUAUAGAAUGGGGCCUGCUGGAUUACAGCAGAGCAGAGACUGCUCUAACUAAUUUUGCUUCCUGUGGUCCUUGAGUGAGGGCCAGUGAGCUCUGGCCAGCAUGCUGUGACUGGUGUCCCCCCUUGAAGCACUUGUUAUUAACCUCUGACCCUCACUCCUGUCACUGUUUUUGCAUUACUUGUCCCAAGAGCUCUGUUGGUGCACACUUCCUAGCCUGCUCUGUUUCUAGAGGGGCGAACAGUUUCUGUGUGGGCUUGUGCCCAAGAUUAUUUCUGUAGCAGAUAGGCUUGUGGUCCUUGAGGUGGAUAAUGGUGAUGCAUUCCAGCCCUCCUCCUCCUGCUCAGUCCCCUACUCAGGGAACAAAUGUGCUAUAAGAGCCCUCAGGUUAGUUCUGUGUUACCUGGGCAAGGGUUAAUUUCUGGUAGCAGUUCUCACUUGCAUAAGUCCAUUUCAUGCUGCCAGAACACCAUUAAAAUCAUGUUACAAAAUCAAGCUCAAGGUUUCUUGAAUCCAUGUUCAGUAUGUGGAAAUGUAAAGUAUUGCUGCAACAUUCCCAGCUGGAGGGUUGCAUGUAUCAAGCCUGUGUGCACUGUGGGCUGUUAUCGAAGUCUUCCACUUAGUGCAGCUGCAUCCUGAUGAAGGGGAAUGUAUUGUAGGGCUAUGGAAAUUUCUGGGAGCUAGUAAGAAUUUGAACCCAAAAUUUAAAGCCUCUGGUGCUCAAGGUAAGAUUUCAGGAGUAAGGAUUAGGUACCUCAAAAAUGGCCAGCCCAAGCACAGGAAUGCUAAACAUGUUCCAUUAUUUUUUGUGAGGCCACAGAAAACAAAAAGGCCACUGAUUCAGGUACUUAGAAAAGGAAUUAGAACUGUAAGCACCUAGGUUUGCAGAAGUUGGCCUUAAGCUUUAUCAAUCCUCAUGCAAAUCAGUUGAAUUGGACAUGAGUGGCCUCAGGGUUGUACUCGAUGUGUUUUGCUUGGCCAGAGGGCAAUUCUGUUCUAUUUAAAGGGGGAAAGAAAAUGGGUAGCUUAGAUGAUGGCAUCUCCUCCAGGAGCAGGUAUGGGUGAGUGGGUGUGUGAGCACGUUUCAUUGACAGUGUUUAAAAUGCUGUCCCUGGGGCAAGGGGGAGGAGGGAGGGUUGGGGGACAAAGUGGAUUAUAGAGUGAUACUAUAAUCCUGAUUUAUUUUUGUAAGGUAAAAAUAACUGUUUAAGUCCAAGCUGUUCCAUUAAAUAUGUUCUGAGCAGGGAGAAGACGGUUGGUCUCCAUUGCUGUGCCUUCCAGAGAUGGUUUGUUUUCUUUAUUGGAAAAAGCAGUAGAAAUAGUGUGGAAGAGAAUUCUGAGAGGCACCCACCUACAGUGACCGGCAAUGUGGGGACUGGGGUGGGUUCUUGGUGUUGGUUCAGUGGCUGCCUUGUAUAAGUGAUUGACAGACACCAUCCUAUGGGGCAAAAGGGAUCUUCCACUGUUAACUGUUUUUCAGUUUUUACUUUCAAACCAAAGAGCAAAUGUUGCCAAAGCCUCUAUGGAGUAAAAAGUGUUAAACUCUGUUUGUGUGUUGCACUUCCUUUCUCUCCCAUCUUCAGUUUGUUGUGAGAGACUCCAGGUGUCUCUACACCUCCUUUCUCUGCGUUCAGAUGCUCCUAAAUUUUCUUACCCAACUGUGUUGCACAGGUUACAUCAAGGUUUAUCAGAGCCCUCACAAAAUGUUGUCUAGCAAAAUAAGUUUGGCAGACUCAAGUACAGGAUGUUUUGCAUGAGAACCCAGGGACAGUAGCUGAGCACUUGAGAUGUUAUCUGAUAAAUGGUGGCAACAUGUUAAAUGCGGCUGAUCAUCAUGGGCUUCAUGCUAAGAGACCAGAAGAACAGGAAUAAAAGGAUGGAACUUUGAACCACCCAGAGAAGAUGGGAGGAUAGAGAUGUUUCUAUCAUACCUCAGCAAUUAGGGACCUGCAGAUUCUGUCUCCUGCUCUUCACAGCUGAUGUGUGCUUUCUAAUCCAUUAUUUUCUGCCUCUUGUGUGCUGAUUGUAAGCAUUCAGAGUUCUUUGCACCUCACGUUGGCUUCUUUAUUUAUAAAUCAUGUAUUAUUUUUUACUAAGGGUCUUCAAAAAUAAAUUAUCUAAAGGUCACAGACUGCUAAGCUGGGAGUUAGUCCUCCAGCUUCUGGUGAAUUCUGAUAAGAUAUGGGCAACCCCCCCUUUUCAGUCCAUACCUACAAAGCCCCACUGAACCAAAGUUAGGAGAGGCUUGGGCUCUGGUGGCCAUGUUCCUUGGCAAUUGGAGUCCUCAUCGAUAGUACAGGUAGGCACAUCAGUUCAGCCUUGGUGUGUGCUGGUGGUAAAGUAUAGGAAAAGUUUGAAGAGAUGUUUUGCCCAGUCUUGUUUGGGAAGAGAGAAUUUGGAAGGCCGGGGGGAGACUAGUGGACGGUGUGUUGUGCUGAUAAGCUAGAUGAGUCUUCUGGUCUUACCAAGAUGUGAAGCCUCCCUGGUGACAGUUAUACACUCUCAGUCCCAUGUCUGGUGACUGUUUUGAGGCCUAAUGGUGAGGGAGAGUGUCCGUCUUAGAUCUGAGCAGGGAAGUAUUUUUUCACUGCUUGUGUGGCUGCUGGCAGGGUUGGUGUGGGUGAAGAUGGACAAUGAAAGGCAAAUCUGCAGGAGAGAUGAGGGGAGAAACCAUCUUAUAACAAUAGGUUUUUACGGUCUCUUGGCUGUCCUCUUAACACUCCUGGCUUGCUUGGUGUUUUGGAGAAGAGCACUCUUUAUUUCCUUCAGGCAAUACCAUCAACCCAGAGCUGCAAUUAGUAACAAAUUGCUUAACAAAUGAAGCAAAAAAUCAGUCUUAUUCUCUGGAGUGUUUCUCUUUUAUGAAGCUGUGACACAAUGAGUUAGCUUAUAGGAAGAUUUAAGUUCCUUUACACACAUUCAUAAUGUAGAGAUGCAAUAAUGACAGGCAAGUCUGAAUUUUGGGGCUACAACUCCAUUGUGAGGUUCUGACCACUCAAGCAUCUCUUGAGGUUUGUGAUACUCUUUGUUCCUUGAUAGCACCCUAUGGACAUCAGGGAACUGAGCUUCACAAUAUCCCUAGACCUCUGAGAGCAAAUCCUCCUGCUGGAACCUCAAGGUGGAAUUCUAACCCAUGACUCCAUGUGCUUGUCUCUAAACUUUUAUAGGAUCAGUGGAUCUGAUUGCUUUUCAGGGGCAGUUCUUCAUUGCCAGGGAGCUGUGUCAAUAGCAGAGGCAUCUUUGGGGCCCUGAUGGGGUGAGGUUAUUGAUAGUUCCUCAACACCUAUGCCUGUAACUCCAGUUCUGUGACCUAGCAGGGCUGUGUGAAGUUGCACCCGUGAGCAAUGAGGUCUCUGUGUGGCUUGCAGUGCCUUUAACACUGCUCUCCAUGUGUUUAUAAGACUAUAUUCGAUACGUGUGUGUAUAUAUGUACAUUGUAUUAACCUGUCCAGCUCUUCUGUGUGAGUGUCAAAUGGUUUUGCUUUACUAAUAAAUUUAUAGUUAUUUAUA